GAACUCGUGAUGAAGGCAGGCAAAUAUUCAGGAGGCGACCCUGAGACUCACGAAUGUCAUGGAGGACCAUGUGUUGAUCAGAGCUGUACAAGUGCUUCACGACCGGGAUGUGACGACACUCAUCGACCACUCAGUGUCAUGGCGCUACCAGGAAUGUGUCUCUUCUUGUUCAACUUGCUUGCAUGCAUCCUCCAGGUCCUUGGCAAAGCAGAAGUGUUUGUGAAGGCGCCACCUGCACAAAGCAUUUUCCUGCGUUCCAAACGAGCCAACAACUUCCUGGUGGAGGAGAUCCUGCAGGGCAACCUGGAGCGGGAAUGUUACGAAGAACGCUGCACUUUUGAAGAGGCCAGAGAGUACUUUGAAGACAAUGACAAGACGGUAAAGUUCUGGAACACUUAUGAUGACAGGAACCACUGCAAACCCAACCCCUGUCUUAACGGUGGGAACUGCACGAACAAGGUGGGUGGUUUCCACUGCUCUUGCGCCUCGCCCCAACAUGGAAUUGUAUGCCAAUUGGGAGCCCCGGUAGACAUGAAGAGCCAGGAAGAUGAAUGGGAGCCGCGAAAAGCGCCACACGUAGCAGCAGGAAGGUUUCCGUGUCCCACUGAAGGCCCAAAUGUGUGCCACCAGCUGUGCACGGCGACCUCCUCCGCCUACACAUGCUCCUGCGUGGCGGGAUUCAAACUGCACAGUGAUGAACGAAGCUGCCUGCCCGAAGUGGAGUUUCCCUGCGGAAGACUUCCUGGGUCCCCUCAGACAGUAUCAAUGUGUCACCAUGGCAACUGCCCCUGGCAGGCAUUGCUGCUGGGAAGUGGAGGGACGGCGCUUUGUGCCGGUGUUUUGUUGGGUCCGCGGACUGUCCUGACUGCUUCUAGCUGUCUCCUACUGGAAUCCAACCCCCAACCUUCCAAUUUUUUUGUUGUUGCAGGUACAAGGGAUACAACAAUGUCCGUUAAAGCUAUCUAUAUUCACAAACGUUACGUUCCAAAUCACCAUGACAAUGACCUGGCCCUUUUGGAGUUGACCAGCCUCAUGCCCCUUGGGCCCACCCUCCACCACCUGUGUCUGCCCACCAAAGAUUUCAGCGAAAACAUCCUGAUGAAUUCUGGGAAGGUUGGUGUUGUGGCGAGCAUGAGCCAAUACCUGGACCACAACCUUGUCUACAAGAGUCUGGACGAGUGUCGCGGCCAGGUCAACAUCUCGCUCCCACUCACCAAUAAAAUGUUCUGCGUGACGGGACGGACUGGAAAAAUAGUGAUGCAGAGUCAAAAUCCAAUGCAGAAGGACAGUAUCAAUGGAUCCAACACUGAGAGAAGUUCAACCGCGUGGCAAUGUGGAGGUCUGUUGUCCGCUAUGCCCCUCGCCACGGUGGAGAAAGGGACAGCAUUCCUCACGGGCCUGCUCCUUGUGCCACCUAAAGGCUGUCUGGGGAAUGGGCUGGCCUUUACCAAAGUGUCCCGACACCUGGUCUGGAUAAGACAGCAUCUGGAGGCCGUCGAGUCACACGACCACCCAACCCAACAGUCAAAAAGAAACUAACUGAUAUGAGUGACCCGCUCAGCUUCUGGUGUCACACAUUUUCCCACUACAGAUGUUUUGUCCUCGACACAUAAAAAACUAACAAAACAACAAAAAACAGCUUAUAGACAUUUAAAACAAAGAGGGGAAAAAAUAAAAUACAAUUAAAACAGCGAACAGUGCAGGAAGUAUAAUUUAAAAGUGGAAAUGCUCUAAAAAGCAUGGGAAAAAAGAAGAGUUUUUAACUUGCACUUAAAAACAUGCACACUUGAGGCUGAUGCUGCAUAAAUGAUGCUUUACCAUG